AUGCCGCCCCCGCCGCCGCUCCACCUCCGCCUCCGUCUCUCCCUUGUUCCGCCCCACCCUAUCUCUCCUUCUCGCCGCUAUGCCUCCCGCUCACCCUCCGUCGCGUCCUGCCCUCUUGCGGGUCGCUCCCUAGCCCAACGCCGCGGUGGGCGCCCACGCCCCCUCUGCGCCGCGCGGGGCGAGGCCGAGGCGUGGCCGGAUGGGUCCGAGGAGGAGCUGCGGCGGCUCCUGGAGCUUCUCCCUGGGGAGCUGAGGCGGCGGGUGGAAACCCACCCGGAGCUCCCGGCGCUCGUGGAGGUGGUCAUGGACCUUGGCCGGCCCCCGCUCGCGCGCUUCCCGUCCGGAGACUUCCUCCUCUCCCACCGCCCCAUCUCCUUUGACGACCUCCGCCAUGCCACCUCCCAGGUUGGGGACUUUGGAGCGGAUAAUCGUGCUGGAAUCAGCCAGACGCUGCACCGGAUCAGCGCUAUUCGGAACCGGAAGGGCGUCAUUGUAGGCCUCACUUGCCGUGUUGGGCGUGCAGUGCCCGGGAGCGCCAAUUUGCUUCAGGAUUUGGUUAAGGAUGGUGGCUCAUUGCUGCUCAUUGGCCCACCUGGGGUGGGGAAGACUACUGUCAUAAGAGAAAUUGCCCGAAUGUUAGCUGAUGACAAUAAGAAGCGGGUUAUGAUUGUCGACACAUCUAAUGAGAUUGGUGGGGAUGGUGAUAUUCCUCACCCUGGAAUAGGCAAUGCACGCAGGUUGCAAGUGCCUAACCAAGACAUGCAGCAUAAGGUACUGAUAGAAGCUGUGGAAAACCAUAUGCCUCAGGCAAUUGUUAUUGAUGAAAUUGGAACUAAACUAGAGGCCAUGGCUGCAAGCACCAUUGCACAGAGGGGCAUACAGCUUGUUGCAACUGCCCAUGGGGUAACAAUAGAGAAUCUGAUCAUGAACCCAUCACUAGAGAUGCUUGUGGGAGGAAUACAGAGGCCAUGUACUGAUUUAUCUGUACCGUGUCUGAGUACGUGUGACUUUUCAGUUCUUAAAGUUUGCUUUGCUGAAGGGAAGCUGCCUAAUGUUGAAAUUCGGAAGUUGGGUUCAAAGGGAUUGGUGCAGGAAGUUUCUGUGCAAAAGGAACAAUCACAUCUUGGUAUCUAUGAUGCAACUGAAUUUGACGGUGACUCUCUAAGGAAUGCCAGAAGAAGCUUGGACACUGCAUUUAAUCUUGACUCUGCUGAAGGGCAUAUAGAGAGGACAGAUGGAGCUGAUUCAAGCUUGAAUCUAUAUGCAUAUGGGAUCUCCGAGUCGACUGCCUUGCAAGCCAUUCAACAGCUGGAGUUGGAGGACAUUGUUACCUUAACUUAUAAUAUCAGUGAAGCUGAUGCAGUGAUCGCGUUACAUUCAAAGCUCAAGAAGAAUUCUCAGAUUCAGGCUGUGGUGAAAUCUCAAGAUAUACCGGUUUUCUUCGUGAAGACAAACUCCCUGUCUCAAAUCACUCGGGCACUUCGUGCUCUUGUUGACGAUCACAUGGACGAAGUGAUAGACUACGAUGGACAUGAUGGUAAGGAAGAAGCAAGAUCAUCAGAGGAAACUGAUGCUCUGGAGGAGGCAAGGCUGGCAAUCGAGCAAGUAGUGAUCCCGAAAGGCGAGAGCGUGCAGCUACUGCCGAGGCCAUCAAGCAUCAUCUCAUCCCAAGUGGAUCUCGUCGAAAGCUUCAGCCUGCAGUGGGAGGUAAUCGGCCAGGAGCCUAACGCGUACGUGAGGAUCCUUCCGCACUUCGCGCCAAAAGAAGCUGAAGCUACUAUCCAGAAAGAAACCCCAGCGGGGCUCGCCGAUUCAGAGAGCUCCGAUGACUUGGAUCAUACCCAGAAUGGCAUCACGAGGCUACCUUUCCUACCCGAUUAG